AUGAAUCCAAAUAUCUUAAUAACAGGUACUCCAGGGACCGGUAAAUCAACGUUAUCAGAAUUAGUAUUAGAGUCAACAGGUCUAAACUACAUAAACGUAAAUGAAAUAGUGAAAGAGAAAGGUUUACAUGAAGGUUUCGAUCAGGAAUUCCAAAGCUAUAUUCUGGACGACGAUAAGGUUGUAGAUGAAUUAGAAGAUAUAGUAUCAAAAGGUGGAAAUAUAGUUGAUUAUCAUUCUUGUGAUCUAUUUCCCGAACGUUGGUUUGAUUUAGUCUUGGUAUUGAGAACCGAUAUCACUAUAUUAUACGAUCGUUUGGAAAAAAGAGGAUAUCCACAAAAGAAAAUCACAGAAAAUAUUGAUUGUGAAAUUUUUCAAGUGAUAUUAGAAGAAGCAAAAGAAUCUUACGCUAAUGAAAUUGUAAUAGAACUACAAAGUAAUACAAUACAAGAUAUGGAAAGUAACGCGUCAAGGAUUGAACAAUGGGUUUAUAAUUUUAAAACUCAAAAAAAUAAGCAUUAA